AUGUUACUGGAACAGAACAUUGAUCUGCCAGAUGACGUUUUGUCGUUUUCAAAUGAUAAGUUUUAUGAUUGCGCGCGAGAAACAGCUGGUGAAGAAGCAGUAGAGAUAUGUAAAUUUCAAGCGAUUCGAAGUACAGCUGUUUUAAUUACUACCACAAUAGAUGAAACAUUAGCUAUAUUAGAUGAUAAUGUUGAAGAAUUGAAAGAUUUUAAACGAAGAGUAGGUUGGUUAUACACGGUUUGAUGGAAAAUUUGUGAUGAAAAUUGGAAUAAAAAAUCGAAUAAAAAAUUUAAUAACGUCAUUGAAACUAAAAAACGAACAAACUCAAAUAACAAUAAAUACGACAACGGUCGAUGCAAUUGCCGUUCGUUUAUCUGUUAAUAAUUUUAAGAUUCUAUCAUAAAGGUAAUUGAUUUGACAGCAGCUAAAUAAUGAAUUCCAAUUUUAAGGAUUUAUUUGUCAAUGUUUCGACGACUUAGUCGUCAUUAUCAAGACGUGAUUAUAGAUUAAAUAAUCUUACAGUUUAAUCGGUAAUCACGUCUUGAUAAUGACGACUAAGUCGUCGAAACGUUGACAAGUAAAUCCUUAAAAUGGGAAUUCAUUAUUUAGCUGCUGUCAAAUCAAUUACCUUUAUUUUACGUUUAUUACCCGUCAACAAGAAUAAGAUUCUAUCAAUUUCCCGUGAAACCCCAAGUUUUAUUCUAUACACAUUGGUAUCAUUGAAAAAGCAUUGUAGUUUCAUUUCUUUGUAGUUAUCAUCUUCUUCGUAACAGAAAACAUCAUUUAAUAUUUCAUCCGUUGUUGUAUCAGCUAAUGCAUUGAUCUAAUUCCUUGCACUUUGCAAAGCAAUUUUACCAGCUCACCGGCUAAUUGUUCAAUAUAAUCAUAGAAUUUCUAGUUAGAAUACAAAAAAAUGUCAUUAGGUAGGUCAUUGGCGUUUGGUACAUGAUCGAAACUAAUGGAAGAAACUGUUGGUGUUGUUCGAGUAGUUAUUUUAGACGGUGAUGGUGGCGGUGACGUCUUUGAAGCCAUAAUUGUCGACUAUACCAAGACUUACGUUAAAUGUUGAAUUAAAAGAAUUUUUCUCUUUUAUCAGUUUUUUACUUGUGCUAUAUUUCGUGUGUAUUUCUCUUCCACUCAUCGUGUUGGUUUAUAUAUAUAUAUAUGUCGGAGUUCAGAUUAAAAUCCAGUUCAGUUUAAAACUGAACUAGUAUAAAUCGAAAUUUAAAUAUGAACUAGUUCGUUUGAAAAGCAGUUUCAAAAUGAACUAGUACAUUUAAAAAUUUCAACUUCACCUAGGUCUAAUCAAAAUUUAGAU